ACACAAUUUGACAUAACACCCAUAACACUGCGAUUGAAAAACAACAAAAAAUUUCUCAAUGAAGUCAUUUGGUAGUGAAAAAUCAAUUUUUAUUUUGGCUGUGCAAUAAAUUCAAUCCAAAAAAGGAAAACUAUUUUAUUCUGUUUAACGAUAACCGUAAAUGGUUUAAAAAUCAUCUACAAAAUCUGCUCAGUUUGCUCAAUAAAUGGAAUGGUGCAUUUUUCUAUGCCAAAUCAACACAGUGAAUACAUGAUAAAAAUCUCUCGUUGAAAUGAAACGCACACACAUUUACUCGAAAUCGUUGAAUACGGCCCAAUUAAUUAGCAAUAGAUCUUAUUACAGCAUUGAAACGCUAAUAAGGAAUCGGCUACAAGCGGCCCCACAAUUCAUUGAUAGAUUGGAGCUGGAGGCGACACUUGAAGGGCAUAAUGGAUGUGUCAAUUGUCUCGAGUGGAGUGAAAAUGGACAGCGCUUAGCAUCAGUAUCGGACGACCAGCAUAUUAUGAUCUGGGACCCAUUCAGACAUUGUAGAUUAACCGAUAUUCAAACGCCGCAUCACAAUAACAUUUUUUCGGUAAAAUUUCUACCGCAAAGUCAAGACUCAAAAAUAGCCACUGGAGCCGGAGACAGUUAUGUUUACGUAUUCGAUGUUACUAACAGCACAGAGCCGAUAUGGUCGUGCCAUUGUCAUUCACUACGCGUGAAGCGCCUGACAACAGCUCCGGAACAUCCGUCAAUGCUUUGGUCGUCCGGUGAAGAUGGAUACGUACUUCAGUUUGAUAUUCGUGAGCCGCAUUCGUGUAAUUUGGGAAGCAAAGUCGUUCUGCUCGAUUUGAACGACGAAACGUCGAGGAACAGAGAAGUGAAAUGUGUGGCAAUCAAUCCUCGUCGCCCGGAGCUGCUCGGUGUCGGUUCAAAUGAUCCGUAUGCACGCAUUUAUGAUCGACGCAUGAUAUCACUGCGUAAUACAAUAAAGCAUGGAGAAGAACGAGUCACCGAUUCGGAUGUUAUCCAUGUGCCAACGAAUUGUGUGACAUAUUUCGCUCCGGGUCAAUUCAGGAAACAUUUACGCUCACAUUCAAUCAUACAACAGAAAGCCAUAACUUAUUUGGCGUUUAGUCCGGAUGGAACGGAAUUGCUGGUGAACAUGGGCACAGAACAAAUUUACUUGUAUGACGUUGUUAACGCUAAGGAACCGGUUUUCUUUGAGCUUCCACCGCUAGGAGAACGAGAUGAUGCAAAAGAAACAACUAAACGGAAUCUGAGUCAGGACGUGGAAAUUCUGAAAAAGAUCGGAAAUGAAUAUUUGGAAAAUGAAAAGUAUUUGCAGGCCAUUACGCAGUACACAGAAGCCAUUGAACUAAUGAGAGACAAUUCAGUUUUAUAUUUGAACCGAGCUACAGCGUACAUGCGACGGAAUUGGUAUGGUGACGUUUAUGCUGCCUUAAGAGAUUGUAAAAGAGCACUGGAAUUGGAUCCACACUAUGUCAAAGCUCACUUCCGGCUGGCAAGGGCUUUAUUAGAACUGGGUUACGUGACCGAGUCGAACGAAUGUUUGAACGAAUUGAAGAAACGAUUUCCGAAGUCGGCCAACGACAAUGGAGUGAAAAUGUUGAUGAAAGACAUUCAUAGCGCAAUGGAAUUGGAGAAAAAUGACGCCGAUGGACGAUUGACUCUGAGUCUCACAGAAAAUGAAAUUCAACUGCGAUCGUCAGCUAAGGAUUAUAAGGAAUGGUUCGUCGGACACUGUAACACCACGACGGAUAUUAAGGAAGCCAAUUUCUUUGGUAGCGAUGGCAAAUACAUUGUCGCGGGUUCCGACGAUGGCCAUUUCUUUAUUUGGGAACGACCGUCCAAUAUGAUCCUGAGCAUGUACAAAGCGGAUGGAGCUAUAGUUAACUGUGUACAGCCACAUCCGUACGUUUGCCUAAUGGCCACCAGUGGUUUGGAUCAUGAAAUUAGACUGUGGAGUCCACAACCCGAAGAUCAAAGUGAUCCGAAAAAUCGUGUACACUACUUCGAUACUAUAGUCUCGUCGAAUCAAACAAGAAUGCAAACAGAUCCCUUCGAUAUAACGUCACAACCAAUGUGUCGAACGAGUUAGAUAAAAUGAACUGAUUUUGGGUGGUGAUGUUGAUGUUAUAUGUAAUUUAUACACCGUGAAAUAAAGGAACCGAAUCAAUUAAA